AUAAACCGUCGGUGCCACCACUCUGAGGGAUGAAUAUAUAAACGAAUGUGCGAUUCUCGUGGCCAAACAUUGCAGCUGGUCGCGUGGAUGGAACGUGUGCUUAAAUGAUGAGACUGUCCACCACGAUAUUUCUGUUUAUGGCAAUGUCGCUGGGGCAAUGUUUGACCCGAACGUACAAUCUACAGACGGAGGAAGAUCGAAAUGGGAAGUACGAGCGGGCACUUCUAGGUCUGAAAACAUCCGAAGGUCUCCGGUUGGAUAAGCACAUUAUGCAAGCUAUACGCGAGGUGAUUUGGAAGGAGGAAGCUACCCGACCAAUGCGCCAUGGAUAUAGACUUGUUGCGGUGCACUGGGAUAAACCAAUGCAAUCACGGGAAAUAGCACAAUUACAGUAUAGAAAUAAGGUGCAUCAUUAG